AUGAUCUAUGGUGAAGGAAACACAGUCCCGGUCCCGAGUUUGGACCUACUCACAUUCCUCUUCGACUCACAACACUGCACAGCAAAAGAUGACACUGUCAUCCACGCAGAAGCCGAAGACCCUACCAAGAGCGCCCUGACAAAAUCCCAAGCACGGCACCUGACCAAGCAGCUGGCGCACUUCCUCCGCACGCAUUACGAUAUCGGCAAGGCAGGCCCAAAAAAGGACGUCGUGCUCUCAGUGUCCAGCGGCCAGUCCCGCCUCCCCUGCCUGUUCUUCGGCGUCGUCGCCGCAGGAGGGAUCUAUGCGGCCGCGAGCCCAUCGGCGAGUCCCGAGGGGCUGGCGGGUCUGAUCAGGGAAGCCGGCCCGGCGCGGUUGCUCGUCUGUAGCAGGGACACGAAGGACAAAGCGAUCUCCGCGGCCGAGCAAGCGGGUGUCCCGCUCUCGCGUGUCCUCGUGCUCGAGUCCCAUCCCAAGCUGUCACUGCAGAGCGUGGAUGGCAGCGUCCGGUGCGGAUUCGCACCUCAUGGCGACGUGCUGGACUGGGGGGUCAUGACGGACCCAGCCGAGCUAGCAAGCACGCCAAUCUGCCUCAUCUACUCGUCCGGCACCACGGCCAACAAACCAAAGGGCGUACUCCUCUCGCACGCCAACAUGGUGGCCGAGGCAUUCCUCCCAGCCUCCAUCAACCGGCGCGCCUGGGCCAGCUGUCCUCGCCUGGCUGCGACGACGCCGCCCCUGGGCGAUGGGUACAGGACGCUCGCGCACCUGCCGCCCUCGCACAUCUCGGGAGUGCAAGGGUAUUUUGUCAAUCCGCUCCUGGACGGCGGCGUUGUGUACUGGAUGCCCGGCGGGGGCUUCGACAUGGCCGCGUUCCUGCGGUACAACGAGACACUCGGUAUCACCAGUUUCUUCACCGCCCCGCCUAUCUACGAGGCCAUCGCGAAGUGCAUAAUGUACAAGCCAGGUCUUGUAAGUGAGAGGACGUUCCGCUCCCUGCGCGUGGCUUACAGCGGUGGCGUGCGUCUCCGCCUCGGCGGUGCCCCUGAGGUGCGGAAGUUGUUGGGCGACCCGGAGGGUGGCCGGCCGUUGCUGAUCAGCCAGACUUGGGGCGCGACGGAGACGACUGGCGCCGCGACGCAUAUGCCGCCGGAUCGUGCUGGCUGGGAUACUUUGGCGAGUGUUGGUGAGCUGCUGCCGAACAUGCAGAUGAGGCUUGUCGAUGAUGAGGAUCAUGACGUGCCUAUUGGCAUGCCUGGCGAGGCGCUUCUCAAGGGACCUGUUGUGAUGAUGGGCUAUCACAACAACCCUGAGGCUAAUGCGGCUGCCUUUACUGCGGAUGGGUGGUUUCGGACUGGUGAUGUUUUGAAAGUUGAAGAUGGUCUUGUGGUCUAUGUGGAUAGGAAGCAGGAUCUGAUUACAUAUAAAGGGGGAGAGACAUACCCGUCCGAGGUGGAGAGUAUCCUCCUAUCCCACCCGUCUGUUGUUGAUGCUGCUGUUGUCGGUGUACCAGCAGUACCAGAAGAGGGCAUUGCAGACUGCGCUGGCGAGGUCCCUCUUGGUUUUGUCGUACUCGCGCCCCAUAUAGGCCACGCCCACGGCUCGGGCGCAAAAACCCAGGUGCACGGCUCAAUCGCCUUCUACAGCGCCCUGUUCCAGGAGAAAUGCGCCCUUGACUGGGCAGCCGUGACGCGAGAGGCAGAGAAAUACGUCGCCCCGCUCCAAGCCACCUGCCCGCGCUACCUAGACGAGAUCCGCGGCAUCGCCGACGGCGCGGGCGUGUCCUUCCUCGACGUGCUGGCGCUCAACGUGCGCACCGAGAUCACCUUUGGGCUGUUCACCGCCGCCAGCAUCACCAACGGGGCUGCGAACGGGACGACCAACGGGACGACCAACGGCGUCAACGGCGGGCCCGUGGCAGACGACGUCCCCUCCGACGGGUGCACGAGCCUGGCCUUCACCUCCGCCUCAGGCACAUCCUACCUCGCGCAGAACUGGGACUGGCAGCCAGCACAGGCGCCCAACCUGAUCGUGGCGCACAUCUCGCAGCCCGGGACCGCCGCCGCCGCCGCCGCCGCCGCCGCAGAAGAAGAAGAAGAAGGCAUCCCGGACAUCGCCAUGGUGACCGAGGCGGGCAUCAUCGGCAAGAUCGGGCUCAACGCGGCCGGGGUGGGGUGCUGCCUGAACGCGAUCCGGGCGCGGGGGCUGGACGCCGCCAGGCUGCCCGUGCACUUUGCGCUGCGGGCGGUCCUCGAGUCGCGGUCGCGCGGGGAGGCGGUCGGGACGCUGCGGCGGCUGGGCGUGGCGGGGAGCGCGCACAUCCUGCUUGCUGAUGAGGCUGGCGCAGUGGGGCUGGAGUUUGCGGGCGGGCGGGACCGGAUCGGUGAGAUUGGCCCUGAUGCGAGGGGGAGGGUCGUCCAUACCAAUCAUCUUGUGCUGGAGCACCCUGGGGUUGAUGAGCCCGGGUGGCUGCCGGAUUCGAAGGAGAGGCUGGCGAGGAUUGGAGCUCUGAUUGAUAGGGGCGCGAUCGAGGGCAAAGUGGAUUUUGAGAAGGUGGUGGAGUUGUUGAAGGACGAGGACGGGUUUCCGUUUUCUAUCAACCGGCUGCAGGUAGCUGAGGGUGGGUCUCAGACCUUGUUCACGAUUGUCAUGGAUCUGAGCAGGAGGGAGGCACUGGUUAAGGUCGGGCGGCCGACUGAGAAUGGGGAGGAGAUUCGCUUGGGAUUUUGA